AUGGCCGCCGCAGUGAUCGACAUCAAGGCUCAAGCCACAUUCCCGAUCCGACUUGGAGCCAGCAUCCUCAAGCCAUCGAAGCCAUCUUCCUUUACCAGUGUGCGAUAUAACCACAAGCCGCGGCUUGAGCAAGCAAACAGUAUCACUGCCAAGAUCAGCAAAGGAGACGAUGAAGGGGAAAGUGAGCUGUCACUCAAGAACGGCGAUGGCGAGUACCAGUACAAGGGUCGGCAUACCCAAGAUGAGAAUACCUAUGUGUUGGUUCUGCGAGGUCAAGGAAAGGACAAAGAGAUGUUGCUGGAACGUAUGAACGGUGGUCACAACUUCAAUCUGGUCAGCACACCUGCUGAGGGCGAUGCUGGCAAGCUUGCUGAGAAGUACCCACCAUUGCCUUUGGAGGAUGAAGAGGGGGACUUGUUUGGCGAGGACGAUGAAGAUACACCGCCUGAUGACUCGAACCCGUUCGACUACCGUCACUUUCUGAAGGCCGAGCUGGAGAAACCAGAACCUACCAACGUCAACAUCGAUGCAGUUCGCAGUCCCGCGAUCACGCCUCUGCCACGCGCUCAGCCUGUAGCCAGCACGUCUGCGAACCGAGGCGUCAAGAAGGCUGUCAAGAAGCCGGAGCCAUUGAAGAAGCGCAAGACGAAUGCAGCGGAGAAGGCAAACCCGAAGCGAGUCAAGGCAGGACAGGAGCCGCCAGCACCCGCUACUGCAGCGAAGCCAAAGCCUAAGGCUGAAGUACCGAAUAUACAUAUGGACCGCAAAGCGUCCGUUCGACGAGAAUCGGUUGCCGAAGAUGACGGCCUACUAGUCAUUGAAGACGAAACGCCCACCACAGAAAAGCCAUCCAAGCACGGUGCAAUGGCACUGGCCCUCUCCGGUCAGCUCGGAAGCGGUCCCAUCAGUCUUCGAUCCGCCGCAAACAGCCCCGGCGGAAGCCAUGCAUCGUCGCCAAUGCCAGCGAGACCCGAGGCUAAUGAAGAGAAAGAGCAAUACGUCUUCGAGUUUGACGAUGAUGCAGGAUCUGAGCCUGCCGAUGAUGAAGGGGCAGAUGCUGACGAGGAAGAUGAUGAUGCAGAUGUGGAUGAGGAUAUUGAGCUUCCGUCUCCAACGCAGCCUCAUAGACCGAGCAUCAGUGCCGCUGUCGUGACAGGUGGAGGGGACGACGAUGAUGAUCUUGAGGCACAGCUCGCUGCUGGGCUAAUGGAGGAUGAUGAUGGAGGUGCUCAGGAGAGUGAGGAGAGUGAGGAGGAGUGA